GUUUUUGAUAGGUUGAAUAUGGCCGACAAGAAAUACAAAACCUUCUGCGGACUCUUGCCCAUGGAAACCUACCGCAACAGAAGGUUAUUGGUGGUCUUACUAAAACUAUUUCGGCAUUUGGUAUACUUGGAUUUGUACGAUUUCUAGAGGGGUACUAUAUCUUGCUUGUUACUAAACGUAGAAGAGUUGCUGUGAUUGGUGGACAUACAAUAUACAAGAUUGAGGACACAAGUCUGAUCUCGAUUCAGGAAGAAAGCUCACAACAAAUGCAUCCAGAUGAGCAAAGGUAUAUCCGAAUAUUUCAGAAUAUUGAUUUGACAAGUAACUUUUACUUCAGCUAUAGUUAUGAUUUAACACACUCUCUUCAGUUCAAUUUGAUGUCUGCUAAAACACCCCAAGAAAAAGGGAAACGUUGCCAAUGAAGUAGAAACAGAACAAAUUGUGUAUGAUGGAACAGUUACAAAGUUCUCUAGAGGUCGCUAUACAUCUUUCAUUCAACUGCGUGGCUCAGUACCUUCGUUCUGGUCGCAAGAUAUUUCCAACAUGGUCCCAAAACCACCAAUAACAGUUGACAAAUCCGACCCAUUAGCACAUGGAUGCGCCCGGCACUUUAACGAAGUACUGUCUAGAUAUGGUGCACCUGUCAUUGUCCUCAAUCUAGUGAAGAAGCGAGAGAAAAGAAUAAGAGAGGGAAUCCUGAGUAGUGAAUUGUUAGCUGCCAUAUCUUAUCUGAAUCAGUUCUUGCCACCAAAACAUACAAUUGAAUACGUAGCUGUGGAUAUGGCCAGGCUAACUAAAAGUCCUAAGCAUGAUGUUAUUGAAACACUUCAUCAGGCUUGCAACUCGGCCAUAUCCAGGAUCGGUUUCUUUGCUUGCGGUUAUGGAAUAAACAGCGCCAUCACUGGACACCAACACACAAACUAUGAAAAUUUGUCCAUUUAUAAGCAGACUGGGGUACUGAGAACCAACUGUGUGGACUGUCUUGAUAGGACAAACACUGCUCAAUUUGUUGCUGGUAAAAUUGCACUUUCGCAUCAACUUUAUUGUCUGGGUGUGUUGGAUAAGGUCGACCUUGAAUUUGAUUCUGAUAUUUUAAGAAUGUUGGAGGAUAUGUACGAGGAUCAUGGCGAUACAUUGGCUGUUCAAUAUGGUGGCUCACAGCUUGUGCAUAGCAUACGUGACUAUCGAAGACUCUCGCUCUGGACGUCACAUUCACGAGACAUCAAGCAGACUAUGUCAAGAUACUUCAGCAAUGCAUUCUCUGAUGCUGAGAAGCAGUCUGCAAUCAAUCUGUUCCUAGGGAUAUAUCAACCGCUGAAGGAGAGGGUCUGUUUGUGGGACUUAUCCUCUGACUAUUACCUACAUCAUAAGUCAACGAUCGGCAAGCAUAAGAAAAAAGCAAACUGCUAUACAAACUGGCUGUCUGAGGGCGUUCUCCGUGCACUACCAUUCUCCCGUGACGAGGUCCAGAAUUCUGUGGUGGAGUACCACAGAGGACCCAUCGGUGAUGAUCAUGUUGACGUCUACACGGACCUAUAUCGUCCAACUGAUUUGACGUCCCUUGAGACACUCUUCUAUACCAAUAUGAUUCAUUCUAUUAGGGAUUUUAUGCCUAAGAAUGCUUCCUGCCACAGUCCAUUUGAAGUGAGAGUUCAACCCAAGAGAGGUCAAGAAAGAUCCACAUUGAUUCAGCAGCCAAUACUACGCCAAGUGUCUGCAGCAUCGUUUGUGACUCAGGAAGGGUCAUCUACCUCAGACGACGCCUCAUCCAGUGAUGAUGGUACCACAGGCUCCUCACAAGAACUUAGAAACCAGAAUGAAGACACUUCUUAUGUUUCCUUUAAGGAUUUGUUUUCAACGAUGAAAGAAACAUAUGGAGUCGAAAUUAGCAGUCCCAAUCGACCUGAUGUCAGCGUGUAUCAUCGCUUUGUAAAGACAGAAGUUAACUCGCGUAUUGGCUGCAUCGAGCAUUUGUCACCAACAGGCAAAUCUGUCAAAAGAUGUUUAAAAAGAUGUACAAGACUAUUACAUAAUAGUGCAUUUUCAUUGGACAGCUCAUAUCAUGUGACCCCACCAACAGUUUCUCGUCUUUCUAAAGCCCUCUAUGAGGAAAAUGUACAACUAGCACGUCAUGGAGCUAAGCAAUGUUCAAGGAAGGACCUCAAUCUUUAUAAAUUCUAUGUACGUCAGAUGCAUUUAUGAAGUAACAUCCUAAAGUCCAACAAAUUUUUAUUGUCUCUUGUGAUGUUAGCUCCAUGAAUUACUCAACUUUCUACUUGUGUCUGGCAAACAGCCUGGUGGAACUAACUUCCUGCUAAUGUAUCUACCCAGCUAUGCAAUACUAUAUUAUCUGUGAUAAUGGUAAAUACAGGUAGCCCUACUAAACUUAGCAAUUGUCCAUAUUAUUCAAUAAGGUUAGAUAGUAAUUUCUCUGGCCUAAAUGGGAACAAAUUAUUGCUAAUGCAAUAUACUUUAAAUCCAAGAACACAUAAUUGAUUUAGAAUUGUUUUGUUACUGAUGUAUAAUGGUCCAUAUUUAAUGAGGUUAGGUAGUAAUUUGUCUGGCCUGGAGUGUUCACACUCAAAUUAUUGCUUAUGCGAUAUGAUUUUUAAUCAAACUACGUAUGUUGUUCAUACAUCUAAAUAUAUUAAUUUACAAAACCAUUUGAAAAUCAUAAAAAUGCAAAACUGAUAACUAGGAGUAGACAUAUGCACCAUCUGGGAGCCUACUUUUAUUUUUCAAGUCAAGCACAAGUGUAUUUAAAAGACCACUGAGGUAAAGUUGAGGCUUUAGGGUACCUCUCUAGCAGUACUGCCCGAGACCAAUAUGAUAUAAUAUUGCAAAGAGACAAUAUUGCUCUUGAGAAUUCAAGAAAGUUGAAAACAUGAAAUGAAAGAGUGAGUGCAAUUAUAAUAUAUACAUUACUCUAUGUAUACAAUAAUAUUGUACAUAAAUAAUUAGGAUAUAAAUUCAAGAAGUACAGCAUUUAUUUGAAUAAAUGCCCCUGGAUUUAUUGUUGAGAAGGGUUUUUGAGAGGACAUUUAUUCGAGGGAGGAGUUUUUUUUUUGGUGUAAAAUGUAUACGUAUAUACUCAAAUAAACGCCCUUAUUUAACUGUAAAUGUGGAACUAACUCAGUUAGAAAAAUGUAAUUCUACUGGAGUAGAACUUUAAUAGAAUGUGUUGAGAAUGGUGCUGCCUCCACUAGUUUUGUUUUAGUCAUUUAGUGGAGUGGGGAGGAGGCAUUUAUUCAAAAUAAGGCUCUGAAGGGGCAUUUAUUCAAAUAAAUACGGGUAUGUGUUUGUAUUGUGAAAUGCAAUGCCAAGAGAUAAUCUAUAAAAUAAUACCCUGACACAACUUAUAUGGAACACACUUUUUAUUGCAAUAUAAUCAUUGAAUACUGAUUGACAUAUUAAAACAUAUUUCGAUUAUAGUAAUUAAUUGACAGAUUUGAGAACACAAGGAAUAUAAGCCAGACAUGUAUAGACAUCAUAUGUACAUUUAUGAAGUGACUUUAAGUAAACAAUUUGUUUUCAUAAAAAAAAGUCAAAUAAACUAACCCUCUCCUGUGUAUGUCUGCA